CGACCUUUGUGCGCAGCCGCCGUGAAAACCGGCAGCUCUACUGUGGCGAGCGCCGCGCAUAUUUAGUAGCCGCGUUCUCCAUUUGUUUUGAGACGAUUUUUGCGCUCAAGUGUGCGCCGUAAAACCUGCCACGCCUCAUUUUUCCGUGAUGCCUCUAGCAGGGAAGGUAAUUGAACUUUGCGUUUGAAUUAUGCGUGUUAUCUGUCUAAAAUGAAUAUCUAAAUUGUUUAGGUGAGCACUGAUAUGUCUGAGAUUGCAGUGUAGUAUGUUUCAGAGCAGAUUUGUUACUAAACUGGCGAUUAUAAGCCAUUUUUGAUGUGGCGCAUAUCGCCGCAUGCGUCAAUGCUGUGAUAACAUUGCAGGAAUUGAAAGACAGGAAAGUGUACUUAGAUUCCAGUAGUUAUAAUGGCAACAUGCUUGGUGUGCAUGGUCAUUAAAGGCGGUUUGAAUUAUUGUGCAGGAUGCUGGCAUUGAGACAGUGCUGUGAGGCGCUGUAGGAGGCCGAGUGUGUACCGGCCUGUCUGCGGUCCCUCCAAGCCGAGUUGAGCCGGCUUGGACGAGGUUCGCUCAUCGCUGUCAUCAUCGCGCCCACAAACUAUUGACAACCGCUAGCUGCUUGCUGGUAGCACGCUUGCUUCUCGCUGUCCUUUCCUGAAUAUGACCUAUGACCAUUUCUCUGUUUAUUUUCCUUUUCUUUAUUUGAGAGCGUGCACAGCAGGGCGGCAGUGAGUUGGAAUAGAGGGCACGUGGCGAAGAUGGCAACAGUUGUCAAUAGUUUGUUGAUAAUGUUUUGUCCAUUCGUCAGUAGUUUCCAAGAGUGCUUGAAGUUGUAAAGCAUUUGUUGAUUACUGCAAGAACAGUGGACCAUGGAGAAGUUGCAGAUGUUGAAGAAUGAACGAGCCCUGAAGAAGGGUAAUCUGACAAGAACUCGUAGAAGAGCCUUUGUGUUGAUUGACUCAGUUGGCAGCAAGAGGGAACUGCGGUCAAUGUUGAAGGAGUUGGACACUGCACUCCAAGAUGUACUGGAAGUGAACUUGAAGCUCAGAGGGGAACUGGACAAUGAAACCGAGCUGAUGAAAUGUCAGGCUUAUGGAGAAGAAGCCACAGCAGAGCACGCUCUUGCAGUAGAAAGGCUAGAAGCCCACCUGCAAGAAAGAGCUGGUGAACCAGCGUCAGUAGCCUCUUCGAAGGUGACUGCAGCUUCAAAAACUGCACUCACUCAGCAUGCUGUCAGAAUGGCAGAAGUAGAAGACAAGGUCCAUCAGCUGGAGCUCCAACAGCUACAGCAUCGCCUCCAUCAAGAGGAACAGGAGCAGCGUCUACACAGAGAGCGCCUACUCCAAGAAAAGGAAGAUGCCAUAAAGGCUGCGAAGCUCAAAGGUGAGCUAACACGGGCUGCGGAGACUGAUCUGGCGUGGGAGAGACGCGAGGACUUCUGCAACGAAAGGGAGCCAGAGGCGGAAGGUGCUGAUAAGAAGGAGCAAGUGGAGAAAACAAAGGAGUUUGACACAUUGCUGUUCCGGCAGAGUCUGCCACGCCUUCGGUUGCCGACAUUCGGAGGGCAAAUUGAAGAGUGGCCGAGAUGGUAUGCACUAUUUAAGACAAUGGUGCACCAGCAAGACAUGAGUGUGGAGGAGAAGAUGGUUCACCUACAAAACGCAGUUACAGGAGCAGCAAGAAGUACAAUCGGCGGCAUGAUAUGUGACGGUAGUUCCUACGAGGAAGCACUACAAGCGCUACAAGACCGGUAUGGCAGGGAGCUUGAUGUCGUUCAAACAACUCUAAGGAAUGUAUUCUCCUGUCCGGGUCCCAAGCCGAAUGACUCCAAGUCUCUGGAACGGUACUUUGGCGCAGUGCAUGGGGCCACAACAACUCUCAAGAAAAUGGGAUAUGAAGGUGACAUCCAAUCCAUUGAAAACCUGAGAAGACUCGUGAGCAAACUCCCGUUGGAACUCAGGAAGGCAUGGGCUGAGCACUCACUCAACAUCGGGCGAGCCACACUGAUUCAUUUCGAUGAAUGGCUGCGCAACCAAGUGAGAAUUCUUCUGACCUUCGAGGCAACUGCUGCAGCACCAGUCAGCUGCCCGAAGAGGACGACUGUGAUGUUCACGACCACAGCAGGUACAGGAGGUAAGCGCUGCUGCAUGUGCAACGGAGAUCAUGGCUUGUGGUCGUGUGAUCAGUUCAAAUCGAAAACUGUGGACGAGCGAGCUCAAGCUGUCGCCGCGAACCGCCUUUGUUUCAGUUGCCUCAGACCCGGUCAUCAAAGCCGAAACUGCAGGACAGCACGGGAGUGUGGUGUCGACGGCUGUCAUCUCCGGCACAACCGGCUGCUGCACGGCAGCAGAAGAGUGAGAGGACCGGCUCCGUCAACAAGACUGGCAGCUGGAACAGUCAACGCAACAAAUGAGGCCACCAUCGCGUCAAUCAGGCAUGGGACAACUGUAGACAGCUCUUCAGUUCUCUUGCAGGUCGUCCCGGUGCGAGUUCAUGGGUCCUGCGGGAGGUUCAAGGAUACUCUGGCGCUGCUGGAUCCGGGUGCGCAGACCUCGCUCUGCAAUGUCUCGCUCUUGGAUGAGUUGCAGGUGGAUGGAGAGAUUCAAACUCUCCGACUGAACAAUGUAGAAGCAGCAGGCCAAGAAAAGAUGUCCCGACGAGUCCAGCUGGAGCUCUCUCCGCUGGCAGAGACAGAAGAGGGAUCACAGAAGAUAUAUGUGCCAGAGGCAUUCUCAGUGGACAGGGUGAACGUGAGGGUCCCUGUGCUGAAGAAGAAGGCGCUGUGGAAGCUGAAGCACCUGCAGGGAUUGAAGAUACCAGAUCUCUCUGGCGGCGAAGUGCAGCUGUUGCUGGGUGCGAACGUGCUCGAGGCGGUGCUUCAGCGCGAGGCACGAGUGGGAGAACCUGGUGAGCCCGUGGCCAUCCGCACAGCCUUCGGAUGGUCACUGACCGGCUCGCUUGCCAGUGUCGUGCCUGAGCAUCACCGGGAGGUGAUGUUUGUUGGCAGGUCACCCGCCGAACAGUCUGAAGAAGACCUGUCGACCAUGCUUCAGAACUGGUGGGCGACCGAGUCGUUCGGCACCAAGCACACCGACGAGCCUGUUCUGACGCCGGACGACGAGAAGGCGUUGAGAAUCCUGGAGAAGACGACACGACAUCUGGGAGAGAGGUACGAAGUGGGUCUCCUCUGGCAAGAUGAGGAAGUCAGCUUGCCGAACAACUACACAAUGGCGUGCAGUCGCCUGCGGUCUCUGGAACGCAGCCUGAUGAAGAGUCCGGAGAAAGCUGCAGCCUACAGUGAAGUUCUGGAGAGCUACAUCGCCCAAGGAUAUGCGAAGAAACUGACGCCCCAGGAAGCUGAGCGCCAGGAGAAGAAGAAACUGUGGAUCCUCCCACAUCACGCCGUGAUGCAUCCAGAGAAGGAUAAACCACGUGUCGUGUUUGACGCGGCUGCAGUAUGUGACGGCACGUCACUCAACUCUGUGCUGCUCAGAGGCCCUGACUUCAUGCAGAGCCUCCAUGGAGUGCUGCUCCGCUUCAGGCAAGAACCCUUUGCAGUGGUGGGGGACAUAUACCAGAUGUUCCAUCAGAUCAAAGUGAGGGACGAAGACAGGCCGGCUUUGUCAUUCCUCUGGCGAGGAGUGGAAGUGACGGAGCCGCCCAGUCUCUACCAGAUGCAAGUUGUGAUUUUUGGCGCAAAAUGUAGUCCUUCUAUCGCAAACUACAUCGUGCGUCGGACACUAACGGACUCUAACGGAGCAGAGAAGCUGGAAGAAGGGAAACCAUCACUCAUCUCCAGCUUUUACGUGGAUGAUUUCCUCCGCUCGGAGGAAACUGCCGAUGCAGCGCUGUCGACGAUGGAGCAGGUCAAGUCGCUGAUGAGACAAGGAGGCUUCAGACUCAACAAGUGGAGAUCAAACUGCCCGGAACUUUUGGAACAUCUGCCAGAAAGCGAUCGAGAUGCAUCUCAAAAGAAGCUCACAGCGUGUGAAGGUGGAGCGCGGAAGGCGCUCGGCUGCCUGUGGUCCCCGACCGAAGACACCCUGAGCAUUCAAGUGCGGACAGCAGACGUCCCAGCAACAAAGCGAGGAGUGGUGAGGAUGGCAGCGAUGAUCUUUGACCCCCUGGGAAUCAUCACGCCAUUCCUCCUCCAAGCGAAGAUCAUCAUCCAGAAGCUGUGGGCUCAAAAACUGGACUGGGAUGAGGAAUUCUCUGGUGUCGAGCUCACUCUGUGGCAGAAGUGGUUGGCUGAGCUGUCUGCAGUGAAGGACAUCAAGGUACCGCGAAGCCUGAAGAUGUCUGUGACAGGGAAUAUCAAGGAGAUGGAGCUCCAUCUGUUUUCAGAUGCCUCGGAGGACGCGUUCGCAGCGGUGGCCUACGUUCGGAUGACUGGUGCCGACGGACGACGCUGUGUCAGCUUUGUCAUGUCGCGGUCCAGGGUAGCCCCACUCAAGCAACUCUCGAUUGUGCGACUCGAGCUUCAGGGAGCCGUUCUUGCCACGAGGUUAGCCAAGACGAUCCAGAAGGAGCUCACGUACAAGUUCGAAGACGUGGUGUUCUGGACGGACAGCCAAGUGGUCCUGCAAUUCGUGGCAAACGAGAGCAGAAUGUUUCAAACGUUCGUGGCAAACAGAGUGUCCGAGAUAAGGGAUUCCACAGAUCCCUCUCAGUGGAGACAUGUGCCAGGGGUACAAAACCCGGCAGACAUCAGCUCACGAGGACUGCCGGCAUCGCAGCUGAGAAGCUCUGCCCUGUGGUGGAACGGACCCGAGUUUCUCAUGCGUGAUCGAGGUGAGUGGCCGCACCUGAUGACGUCCAGUCUUCCGGCAGACCAGCCAGAGCUGAAGAGAAAACCUGCAGGGCCGGCCGUCAGCUUUGUCGGCAAAGCAGCUGCAAGUCGGCCUCUGGUGGAUCCCACACGCUUUUCAUCCUGGAGUAAGUACAGACGCAUCGUCGCUUGGGCUCACCGGUUCAUCUGGAACGUCAGAACGAAGGAGAAGAGGCGCGGUCCGCUGACGGUGGAAGAACUUCUGCAGGCGGAGCAGGUCAUCAUCCGGGAGGACCAAGAGCGCGAGAAAAUGGCUCCUCAACCAGGAGUGACUCUCUUCAAGGACGACAAGGGCAUCGUAAGGGUGGAAGGUCGUCUGAAGAAUGCCCCCGCUGAGAUCUGCCGACAGCCCAUCGCGCUGAGCCCAGGAAGUGAAGUGACGAGACUGAUUGUGACGGACCUACAUGAACGCUGCAUGCACGCUGGACUGAACCACACCUUGAAUCUGGUGAGGAAGAAGUUCUGGAUGCCAAAGGCAAGAGCAUCUGUGAAGAAGUUGAUAUGGCGGUGUGCGUUCUGCCGCAACAGAAGAGCCAUCCCCACGAACCCGAAGAUGGCGGACCUCCCGAGUGAGCGCUUUGAUGCCUCCCGUCCGUUCUCGUCUGUUGGCCUGGACUUUCUGGGACCGAUUGUAGUUCGAAAGUUCAGGAAAAGUGAGAAACGGUAUAUCCUCUUGGUGACUUGCCUGGCCACCAGGGCCAUUCAUCUUGAGGUCGCGAACGCGAUGGACACGGACUCAUUCCUGAUGGCGUUGCGACGGUUUAUCGCGCGUCGCGGCCGGCCAACAUCGAUCUGGUCAGACAACGGCACGAACCUCGUGGGAGGUGAGAGAGAACUCCGCGAGUCGAUCGCGGCUUGGAACCAGGAACAGAUUUGCGACACCCUCAGCCAGCAGAAUAUACAAUGGAAGUUUAACCCCCCGACCGCUAGUCACAUGGGUGGGUCAUGGGAGCGACUCGUCGCUUCGGUGAAAAGGGCUCUCCAAGCUGUCCUCGGCAAUCAGAUUGUGCCUGACGAUGUACUUCACACGACAGUAGUUGAGUUGGAGUUUCAGGUCAACUCGAGGCCGCUGACAUACGUGUCUGGAGACGGGGGUGAUCCAGAGUCUAUCACCCCGAAUCAUUUCCUGCUUGGAGCUGUGCCCGACGGGUGCAUCCUGCCGCCGGGAGUUUUCGGUGAGAAUGACAAAAUGUCACGCAGACGAUGGAAGCAGAGUCAAGCACUAGCGAAUGACGUGUGGCGCAGGUGGUUGAAAGAAUACCUGCCUACUCUCAUUCCCCGAAGGAAGUGGGAGAAGAACACACGAAACCUGGCCGUCAACGAUGUGGUCCUGAUGGCGGCAGACGACGCACCCCGCGGUCACUGGCCUCUGGGUGUUGUUGAACAGGUGUAUGCAAGUGAAGACGGUGUCGUCCGUUCGGUGCUGGUGAGAACGGCGACCGGCAAGUACAGACGCCCAUGCACAAAGGUCUGCUUACUGGAGGGGCAGACAAUGUAAGAUGCGCUGUCGUUGGUCUGACACGAGUUGUGUGAUGACAGCAGCAAGCAGUGACGCUUGUAACCCAUGUACGAAGAACUGACUGCUUGGGAACAGAGUCAGUGAGUCGGUGCAAGGUGAGACUGCCUGAUCAGCCUGGCUGUGCGUUAAGUAUACGCUCAUAUGUUACCUGAAUUCCCUUUUUUGUUUGCAUUUUUUGUUUGUUUGAUUCCCCACCAUCGUUGAUUCCGCUGACCCACGUGACCCGCUGCUCCACGUGACCGUCUCCGCUUCCUUGUGAUGCCCAUGAUCCUGAAGGACGGCGAUGUCGUCGCGUGAGCUGCCGGCUGGUGGUCGGCGGACUGGACUGCCGGACGUGCUGGUGGUUUCCGGUGCUGUGGGGCGGCGUCCCCGUGGGACGCGUCUGCCGCAUGAUCGUCUAACGGCGAGGUCGUCGGAGUCCGGGAUCGGCUAAGGUGCGGACGACUGCUGCGGCGGCUGCGUCGCGGGCGCUUGCGGGGCCGCUGAGGCGGCCGCUUCGCCUGCCGCCCGCGGUCGGCGCUCUGGUGGGCGGCGCUGCGUUCCGGUGCUCGGCGUCCCGGGACGCUGACGGAGGACUGUGAGGACUUUGACGUGAUGGUUCGGUGUGGCGCCGUGCAGAAGGGGCGCAUGUGUGGUGCGUGGCGAACAGUGUAGUGUCCACUGUCCAUCGUGCGUGAACACCGUCUAGAAGAACGUUUUUCGUUACGCGGCUGUGCCUGUCGUUAGGUCGCUUAAUGUUAAGUUUUCGGUUUCCGAAAACUGGGGGGAGAAUGUCGCGACCUUUGUGCGCAGCCGCCGUGAAAACCGGCAGCUCUACUGUGGCGAGCGCCGCGCAUAUUUAGUAGCCGCGUUCUCCAUUUGUUUUGAGACGAUUUUUGCGCUCAAGUGUGCGCCGUAAAACCUGCCACGCCUCAUUUUUCCGUGAUGCCUCUAGCAGGGAAGGUAAUUGAACUUUGCGUUUGAAUUAUGCGUGUUAUCUGUCUAAAAUGAAUAUCUAAAUUGUUUAGGUGAGCACUGAUAUGUCUGAGAUUGCAGUGUAGUAUGUUUCAGAGCAGAUUUGUUACUAAACUGGCGAUUAUAAGCCAUUUUUGAUGUGGCGCAUAUCGCCGCAUGCGUCAAUGCUGUGAUAACAUUGCAGGAAUUGAAAGACAGGAAAGUGUACUUAGAUUCCAGUAGUUAUAAUGGCAACAUGCUUGGUGUGCAUGGUCAUUAAAGGCGGUUUGAAUUAUUGUGCAGGAUGCUGGCAUUGAGACAGUGCUGUGAGGCGCUGUAGGAGGCCGAGUGUGUACCGGCCUGUCUGCGGUCCCUCCAAGCCGAGUUGAGCCGGCUUGGACGAGGUUCGCUCAUCGCUGUCAUCAUCGCGCCCACAAACUAUUGGUCAGUAAACCUGAGUAGCACUGGAAUCUGGAUUGUUAAUUAAUUAUAAUUGUUUGCGAACACGAACUUCACUUGAAUCUAACUUGACUUGAUAUUCUGCUUACGUUGAUCCAACCUGACCUCGAGUUUCAUGAUUCAUGCGUGUUUUGAGUGUGAUGAUUGAUGUGUGUCAGAAAGUGUUACCCAUGAUUGUUGAUUAUGGCUGUUUGUCUUUGUGUCAUGUUCGCAGACAACCGCUAGCUGCUUGCUGGUAGCACGCUUGCUUCUCGCUGUCCUUUCCUGAAUAUGACCUAUGACCAUUUCUCUGUUUAUUUUCCUUUUCUUUAUUUGAGAGCGUGCACAGCAGGGCGGCAGUGAGUUGGAAUAGAGGGCACGUGGCGAAGAUGGCAACAAGCCGUCUUAAGACUUUCUCUGGUCUGCUUUUCUACCGGCGGCUAAACCGUCGAUGAAUAUCCAUUUACUCAAUCCUAGCGUAUUUUCUUCUAGAGCCUAGACCACAGAGCAACGGCUGCCAUAGCCGAACCUCUGAGCAUCGCAAAACAUACUGGUCUCACUUCUCAGUCUCAAAAACAGAAUGGCCGUGGGCACACCCCGCCCGCACUGUGUUCACGACGCAUCUAUCUAUUUUUCUAUAGUGCUUAGGUACUUGUGCAGAUGCAGGGACCGAUGCCUUGGGUGUGGAUAUCAAUGGAUGCAUGCUGUAGCAGAGGUCAUGCGCUCUAUAACAAAUCCCAAGGCUAUCUGAAUACAUUGGAAUAUAUGA